UUAAAAAAAAUGUAAUCAACUCUCAUGCCUUCACAGAUAAAUCACUGUGUUGUCUCUUCAUUGGCCUUCCACGAGUAGACUGCUCUCUGUUCUCUACUUAACAUCUCUUUUCUGGAAAAAAAAAUAAUAAUAAAAUUAAAUAAAUUCUUGAUCAAGCUGAAGAUGGACAAGGCCCCGCUGAUAAGAGAGGAGCAUGGAGAAAAGGAAGCAGCAUCAAAAUGGGAACUGUUCGUGGAAGAGUUGAAGAAAGUGAGUUACAUAGCCGUUCCAAUGGUGGUGGUGACAGUUUCUCAGCACCUUUCACGGGUGACGUCGAUGAUGAUGGUGGGGCAUCUUGGUGAACUCUCACUCUCUGGCACGGCGGUCGCCACCUCUCUCACCAAUGUUUCCGGCUUUAGUCUUCUUUUUGGAUUGGCUAGUGCUUUGGAGACUCUAUGUGGACAAGCUUAUGGAGCAGAGCAAUACCAAAAGCUAGGAAUCUACACUUACAGUGCAAUUCUUUGUCUACUUAUUGUCUGUAUUCCAAUAUCUCUGCUGUGGAUAUUCAUGGAUAAAUUGCUCAUAUUGAUCGGUCAAGAUCCUUUGAUUUCUGUCGUAGCUCGAAAAUAUGCAAUUUGGCUCAUACCAACUCUAGUUCCUUACGCAAUUCUUCAAUCUCUAAUUCGGUACCUGCAGACUCAGAGUCUGAUCCUCCCAAUGCUUUACAGUUCAGUUGCAGCAUUAGUUUUCCAUGUACCGGUUUGUUGGGCUUUAGUUUUCAAGACGAAAUUGGGAAAUGCUGGAGCAGCCCUUGCAAUUGGUUUAUCAUAUUGGAUCAAUGUGAUCUUGCUUGUUAUAUAUGUGAAGUACUCUUCAAAGUGCAAGAAAACCCGCUUCUCAUUCUCAAACAUUGUUUUGCCAAGUAUGAAGGAAUUUUUCAGCUUUGCUGUCCCGUCUGCUGUUAUGGUUUGUCUCGAAUGGUGGUCGUGUGAGAUAAUAGUAUUACUCUCUGGACUUUUGCCAAAUCCCCAACUCGAGACUUCAGUUCUUUCAACGUGCCUUUUAGUUGCUUCAUUGCACUACUUCAUACCAUAUUCUAUUGGUGCUGCUGCCAGCACAAGAGUCUCAAAUGCCCUUGGAGCAGGCUGUUCGGAGACUGCUCAAGUGGCUGUUUGGGCAGCAAUUGUUCUAUCAGUCGUUGAGGUGAUUGUUGCUUGCACCAUUCUGCUCUGCUUACGUCAUGUCGUGGGAUAUGCAUUCAGUGAUGUAAAAGAAGUCGUGGAUUAUCUCGAUGACAUUACUCCUCUUGUUUGUCUGCUGCUAACAAUGGACUGCAUACAAGCAGUACUUUCAGGAGUUGCGAGAGGAAGCGGGUGGCAGCAUCUUGGGGCAUAUGUCAAUCUCGGCGCAUUUUACCUCGUUGGAAUUCCGAUGGCCUCUGUACUUGGCUUCGUGCUCCAUUUACAGGGGAAGGGCCUUUGGCUUGGACUAAAUAUGGGUUCAAUAGUACAAUCUUUUCUGCUUACUCUUAUAACGACUUUAACUAACUGGAAGAAACAGGCAUCAAUGGCUCAGCAAAGAAUAUUUGAGAAGAGAAAUACUGCUGAUGAAACAUGUUGAACUCAGAAUUCACUUGAAAAGUUUUCAGAAUCGAUAUGAGUUUGAACUUCUAUUUAACUGAUUGCUGUUAAUAUGUAUGCUGAUGCAAUGAAAAUACAGUUCAAUCCAAUGUUUUAUUAUUUAUUUUGUUAUCAUUAUUAGUUGGGGAGUCUUUUGUUAUUUUGUAUCAAUUAGGGGCCUAUUUGCAAUUUCUUUAAAGUUGUGUUUUAAGGUACUAGGUUUUCUGGUUUUCCUUAAAAAGGACUACUGGGACUUUAUUAUGUUCUCGAUCCUUAUUCUAGCCAUCAGCAUUGUUUAGGUGAUGUGCCUCAAUAAGGAUAGAAGUUGAGUUCAAGUUUAUUCAUCAAUUAAUUAAGAAAAUUUUGUAGGUAUCAA